UCUAUGGAAUGUUUCAACAGUUUUUUUUUGUUUGUUUGUUUUUUUUUUUUGUUUUUUUUUUUUGUUUACACUUUUUUGUAUUUUAGACAAAGUAUCAUAAUGAUUUAAAUUUUAAAAAACCCGAAGUGACAUGAUUAUAUAUCAUUUUAAAGAUUCUUUUAGAAGACUUUAACCAUUCAUACAGAGCAUAUACAGAUUUAAUUUGUACGUCUACAGUAUUAGUAAAACACUAAAAUUUCUCUGCAGAUCUAUGUGUCACUAGAGAACUUAUUCGUUAAGUUUUUUUGGUCAUCCACCAUAGCGUUUGAGGAGACAAAGAAUUAGAUACAAAAUACAAACGAUGGUCAAAUGGUCUAAGAAUUUCCGUGUCACAAAUCGACUGGGGUCCAUCGUCUUUAUGUUUAAGAUUGUCUUUUCCAUUUUUCUCCAGGAGGCAAUGAAGUUUCUAGUCGUCUGUGCUGUUCUCUUUCUCUCCUGCACUAUUCCGAUAUCCGCUGACGACAGCAGCGAAGAAACGGAUCCGGAAGUGAUUCAAAAGACCGAGGAAACACCACAGCCGUCAGAAAAGACCACACCACGGACAGCCUCAUCUCUUCCAUCUUCCACCUUAAAACCGGAAAUUCUUUCUGCAGACACAUCUUCAUUAAACAACGGACCCGUGGAGACUUCCUCCGUUGUUCUGGCGACUGAAUCUGCGUCAUCACCAGAGAAAACAAAUUCUGCUGCAUCCAACGUUUUGAUUUCAGCCUCAGAGGUUUCCUCUAAUACAGGUUCCUCAGUCUCCACGGCACAGUCGGCGACAAACACAAUUUCGUCUGCAUCUGAGGUAUUUUCAAGUGGACUUCCGUUCAGUCCAAAGGCUGUGGCAAAAUCUCCGACCUUUUCUUAUGGGGCUCUUUCAAAAGCCAACGCAAAGUCUUCUGCCAGCGUUGUAACAGAUGUGUCUAAUGUUCCUUCUAAUGCAGCUUCUUCUUCUUCAUUCGUUUCGACCACACCAGCAGCUGCGUCUCUAUCAAAUUCAGCAUCCUCUGUGUCCCUAGUUAUAUCCAAGCCCGUGGUCUCCUCACCAUUGAGUGGAGGCUAUUCCCCCAUUGCAGACUUUUUGUCAAACCAAAACGCUACCGUCUCGACUUCCGCUUCUGGUGCAGUCGUUCCCACGACACAAGCUCCAGUUCCCACGACACAAGCUCCAGAGCCAACCCCCAUUGCUAGCAUUGAUGAGCCUCCAGCGGUGACGCCUCCGGAGAAACCACCAACGCAACCCAAACCCUCAGCCGUCAGCACCGUCUCUAAAAUAACCAAGAAGGUGAACCGCAUCAUUAACUUCCACCGUCAGAAGUUUAGCUUUUAUCGAUGCCAGACUAGCUGUCUAAUUGACUCAAUAAGAUGCAUGCGCAGUUGCCGCACAAACACGGUGUUUAUCUUGUACAAAGAUAAUUACAUGAAAUGUGGAAAGAAGUGUCGAGUCAGGCAGUUCCAUUGUAAGAAACUCUGUAAGACAGAGCUCAAACGGGAAAGGUCAGAACAGAUGCUAGCCUGGCGAUCCCCUAAGUAAUGAAUGAAGGGCUGUCCCAGGACAUCUUCUAUAACGUGAAUUCCUCAUACUGUGUGUGAGACAAGUUGUUUUGUUUGAACAUGUUUUGUACUGGUUUUUCAGUAAAUGGAGCACCUGCUUGAAUUGCAUCAUAUUACUUGUCGCAGAGGUUGUAGUCAAUCAGUAUUAUUUAUUUGAUAUGUGUGCGGGACCAAUUGA